GCUGUGUUCACAAAAGGACAGAACAACAUUCAGUUGGAAAUCCGCACUGAAGCAAUGGUCUAGCUAGCUGGUGUUGCUCACACUAAAGGCAAGUAAUUUUUUACCUGAGGUUGUUUGUGGGCAGUGGGCGGUGGAUAAAGGUUGUUAUUGAAAAAUCUGUGGCUGGAUUCAGCACUUGCUUUCUCCCGAUAAUUAUUUGAUUUGCAGUGGAAGAGACACCACUACAUUUUGGGUGUGAAUUGAUGUGCAAUAUGACUCAUUCACACAUGCAAAUUAUUCCCUUACCGUUGCCACCAUAUGUGAUUUGUUCCAAGGCUGUAAUUUAAAUUAUUUCAGUGUUUUAUUAGAGAAAGACCAUUUGGUUCAGGUGGGUUUUAAUUUUGGUAUUCUAAGUGGACUCUGUUCUAAUUAUAUUAUAUGACUUUUGGGAAACAUAUGAAGGCAACUCUUCAUAGAGAAGUUUUUAAUGUUUGAUGUUUUGUUAUGUUUUAAUAUUUUGCUGGAAUAGAUGAUUUGUUAUUCCAUUCAUUGCCCUGAUAUAAAUAAUGUUCUCUGAAGGUACGCUGCCUUGGGCCCCCUGUAACCUGGCAGCACAUCUGGGCAGAAAGUACAUAGAAUCCUGUAUCUUCCAGCUAAUCUGCACAGAUCAGGUGAGAAGAGGGGCAGGGACUGUGAGACUGUGCAUGUUUGUAAGAACAUUUCCCCAUCAAGCCAACUUCAUGACUCUCAUUUAUAGCCUGUACUUGUCAUAGUUGUCUUCUCUCCACUGCAGCUUUGAUUUAAGAUGGCCCUGGUCUGUUUGUCAGACUUUGAGGCAUAUGCUAAGCAGCAUCUCCCCAAAGAUGCCUGGGAUUUUGUUGCCGCUGGCGCUGAUGAAUGUAGUACCCUGGAAGAAAACCUCAAGGCAUUCAAAAGGUAUGAUAAAGGCUCACCUUUGGCGAGUGGAAGGUUAGCACUCGUAUUUAGAUGGUCGCUCACAUGAAGCAUCGUGGACUGGGCAGAUCGGGCUGGAUUGAAAUCUUACGCCAGACAUUGGCGGUGCAAGCAGGUCCGGAUUUAGAUUUUAUGAGGCCCUAAGCUACUGACACGGGUGGGCUGUGGGUUAAACCACAGAGCCUAGGACUUGCCGAUCAGAAGGUUGGCGGUUUGAAUCCCUGUGACGGGGUGAGCUCCUGUUGCUCGGUCCCAGCUCCUGCCAACCUAGCAGUUCGAAAGCACGUCAAAGUGCAAGUAGAUAAAUAGGUACCACUCCAGUGGGAAGGUAAACGGCGUUUCCGUGCGCUGCUCUGGUUCGCCAGAAGCGGCUUAGUCAUGCUGGCCACAUGACCCGGAAGCUGUACGCCGGGUCCCUCGGCCAAUAAAGUCCGACGAGCGCACAACCCCAGAGUCGGCCACGACUGGACCUAAUAGUCAGGGGUCCCUUUACCUUUACCUUUAAGCUACUGAAGGUAAUGGGGCCCUUUAUAUGUCCAGGUAUCCUUUGUCAACAACAAAUUGUCACUGUUUUUGUGUUGAAUAUAUGCUUUAUGCAUGGAAAUGAGCAAACCAGUGAUACUUUAGGGAGCAGGCUAGCAGGCGGGGCCCAUUACUUACAUCAUAGGAGCCUACGCAACACAAAACACUGUUGCUGUAUGUAGGUUUUAUUUUAUUUGUUUUUUAUCUUAUAUUUUGGAAAUGUACAUCCAGGGUUUUUUUCCUUUAAUUUUUUUUUGGGGGGGCAAGAAAGUGGGGCCCUAAGCUAUAGCUUGUUUAGCUUAUAUGUAAAUCCGGCACUGGGUGCAAGCAUUCACAUGAAUCUCUUUCCACCGACCGACUUUGUUAAACUCAGUCACAAAUGGCUGAUCUGGUAUCUAUCAAAACAGAAGUCUGAUCUGGGAAAGUGAAUCAUUUGCAGCAAAAUUGGGAAGAACUGAUGCCUCUGUAUCCCACAAAGUUUUGUUUUCAGUGCUCCAUUCCAGUUCUCACACACUUGUGUGCCACAGUGCAGCUAUUGCAGUAGGGUGGCUGGAUCUGAACUUGCAGAUGUGUCAGAGUUGUUCCACGCCUUGCAGCCAGAUCCCACUUCUACGGCAACAAAAUGUGUUGAGCACAUCGAGCAGUGGCGUAGCGUGGGGGGUGCAGGGGGGGCCGGCCGCACCGGGCGCAACAUCAGGGGGGGCGCGCUCGCACUCGCAGCUCUCUGCCCCUACCUGGCUCACUCACUCUCUCUCACUGCAGUGCUGGCUGUGCGAAUCCGAUCCGAGCCGCUGGGUCGCCGCCCACUGUGGAGGGGGUGGGUGCCAGGCGUGCGGUGCGGAGAAGGAGCAAGGGACUAUCUGGGGGAGGGACAGUGCAGCAGCUGCCCAGCACGGGAGAGAACCACACCAGACCAGACCAGGCAGCAGCAAGAAGAAGCUGGCAGCGGCAGCAGGUUAGGGGUUAGGGGGCGCAAAUUACUUGCCUUGCCCUGGGUUAGGGGGCGCAAAUUACUUGCCUUGCCCCGGGUUAGGGGGCGCAAAUUACUUGCCUUGCCCCGGGUGCUGACAACCCACGCUACGCCGCUGACAUCGAGACACCCAAGAAAUCUCAUACCGUCUACCCAAUGGGCAGAAGGUGGGAGGGGACACAGUAGCAAGCAUUUCAAGCCUCUAAACACCUACACAAGUGCUUUCUCCAAGUGCCUGGUGCUUUCUGGGGACAGUUGCCUCCCCCCCAGGGGCGGAGGAAGGGAGGGGCGGUGGGGGCAGGCCGCCCCAGGUGUCACCACUGCGGGAGGUGACAAAAUGUUGGGAGGCACUCACCUGUAGCGUGCCCGAGACACGCGUCUCUCCUGGGAGUAAUGCAGUGACUUAGGUGGCCACAGACUCCGUGCUGCCCCAAACAGUCCGCCCUCUGCCUCCCCCCACCCCAGCUAUAGGGCAGCUGAGUGGGAGGAGGCAGGCAGACACCUCCGAAGACCUGUGGAGUGUCCUGCCCCAGCCUGUUCUGUGGGUGGCUGGGGCGCCACCACCGCCCCAGGUACCCGAUCAGCUGGCUCCACCACUGCUCCCCCCACCCCUGAAAUAUCAUUGUGUUUACAUUGAAAAGGGCCUUUUCACAGUGCAAUGAAAGGGCUUGUGCUCUUUGUGUCCUCAUGAGAGAAGUUCCAAAAAAGCUGAACUCUCAAUAACUCUUGUUUGAUCUCAAGGAUUAUAUUAAGUUGUGGUUGGACAUAGCAGUCGACACAGAGAUUUCUCCAAGUGGUUCUUUAUACAGUGGUGCCUGGAGACUGAUGACUGCAAGACGGCAAACCAGCUCAGACCAAGGGCUUGCUUUUAUAGGCAGCCGGCUGUCAACAUUGUCAGAACAACAACCCAGGGUUCCCUGCCUAAAUUAACUUACGUGGACCUGAGUGAAAACUACCGCUAUCUUUAUCUAGCUGCUAGCCUUAAGAGCCUUCUAGACAGCUAAGACGCAGCCAAUAAGCUUUUGGUAGGAGCGAAACGCAAGAACACAAAUCCAUUGCCGCUGAUAGGUUCUCAGAAGCCGAGAACAGCAAGACGAGAUCACUGCACAGUGAAAGCAGCAAUCUCUCUUGCUGUUCACUGUAGCUAGCUGGAACUGAACUGAACAGCAACAGCUCAGCCAGCCUGCUUCCAUAGGCAGCCGGCUGUCAACAUUGUCAGAACAGCAACCCAGGUUUCUGCCUAGGAGGAACUAACGUGAGUCUUAUAGAGCAAAAAAUACUGUAUAUACACAAUACCCCUGGUGGCCAGGGUGAGAACUUCAAUACAUAACAGAUUAGAUUCAUCCCUGACCCCAGUAUAGCUUUUUCGCCAUUCAGCAAAGCACCUAAUUCCAUCUGACAGUAACAAUAUAAUUAGCAAUCUCUGUAGUAUUUAAUUGUUACAGAUGCCCCCCCCACACACAAUUGCUAUCAAGACUGCAAUGUGCAAGUAGUGAGACUCCUCAGUCAGAGUCUCCAUGAAUUCUCCCUAAAAACAAACACACACACAUAUAGUGGAGUAAUAAGCAUUAAUGGCUAAUGCUAAUUUUUUCUUAUUUUUUCUAAUGCUUAUUGCCACACUGAUAUUUAUCACACCAUUUUCCAAGUGGAGCAGAACAUGUAAGAAUGGUUUGUUGCUGGUUUUUCAAUAGAAAAAUAAAAUAAAAUGUCCAUUAUUUAAUCAGCCAUGCGUUUUGUGCAUUUGCUAAUGUGGAAAUCUUCAUGAACGUAUCCUGAAUAAUACAUUUCCCCCCGUUUUUGUUAUUUAUUAUACUUGUUACCCAAAGAUCUCCACAAAGUUAUCUAAUUUAUAUUACUCUUAAUAAUAAUUAUAAUGAGGAUUUUAUAAUUGAAUGCAAAACAGGGGGAAAAACAAAGUUACAUUAACAAAUUAACAGUAGAACUUAACAUAAGACAAUGCUAGAAAUAUUUGAGCACAGUGUCCUUAGAAUAAAGCACUGAUUAUAAGCCAGCUUAUUAUAUAUGUUUUAUAUUCACUUGGGGGAUGUUGGAAUAUUCCAGAAACUUGGUAAUUGGUCUUCAGCAGGUUGCUAGGCAACAGGAAAAGUCUGCCCAGCAACAGGAGACUAUAUUAAGGGCAUAUGAUUAACAAGGGUCAGAGUGUAGAGAGUGAAAAGAGUCAGUGUGCAAAUGAGCAUGAGUCAGCAUUAGGUCUCUGGCCAGAUGGCUAGAAGAAGAAAGGGUUAUGUUAUUUUAUUUGUAUUAAAGGUAAAGGGACCCCUGACCAUUAGGUCCAGUCGUAACCAACUCUGGGGUUGUGGCGCUCAUCUCGCUUUGUUGGCUGAGGGAGCCAGCGUACAGCUUCCAGGUCAUGUGGCCAGCAUGACUAAGCCGCUUCUGGUGAACCAGAGCAGCGCACGGAAAUGCCGUUUACCUUCCCGCAGGAGCGGUACCUAUUUAUCUACUUGCACUUUGACGUGCUUUUGAACUGCUAGGUGGGCAGGAGCAGGGACCGAGCAAUGGGAGCUCACCCUGUCACGGGGAUUCGAACCGCCGACCUUCUGAUCGGCAAGUCCUAGGCUCUGUGGUUUAACCCACAGUGCCACCCGUGUUGUAUUAGACCGAUGUAAAUUAUUGUAAAUAAUAAAGAUACUCAAUUAAAUAGGAAACUCUGCUGCAAGUUUUUCAAAAGAAGAAAAGCCAAGAGCAGUGGCUGCGCAUGCACAUCAACAGGGGAAGGGCAAUAUAGGAUAUUCUCCAUCGAAAGGGAUACCGGAGUUGUUUAGUUGUCAGGAUGAAUGGCUGAAUUAGAUUAGACUGACAGGUCUUCCGCCUGCAGAAGUAACACCUGCCAGCUCUGCUGUUUCUAGCUCUUUCUAGUGUGGGAAUGUUCAGAGUGGCAGGAGAGGCUAUAAUGUUGAUUAAUAGCCUUCCUAACUUGCGCUAGCGAGUUCCUUUACUCAGCAGAGUGCAUUCCCCUUUACACGGCAGGAAACUAGUUGCAAACUCAUGUGAGUUUCUUAAGACAAUACGGAAUUCAAUAUGGCUUGUCCAGACUGAAAUGUGUUCUAAUAUUUUCCUGGUAAGACCCCUUGAAUCCCUCCUAAAAUAAUAAAGACGCCACAGUCUUAUUCAUAAACAAUAAAAAGUAAGUUUACUCACGAUCAGGAAGAGCACAGUGUGAACCCCAAAGGCAGCCUUUAGGCUUAAAGUUACAAACAUGUACAAACAGGUUUACCCCAUAUGGGAGAUAACCUGGGGGACUGCUGGCUGGCAGGUGAAUCAGGAUGUUCGCAGAACAAAAAAGAUUGAAGAAAGGAAGCUGGCAGCAUGCCUUGUCCUUUUACCAGGUCUGGAAAGGUCACGCCCACCCACUAGUCACAUGCAAGGAAGGAUGCUCUAGGCCGGGAGGAACAGGAGGUUUCAACUGGCUGGACCAAACAUUCCCUUGCAUGUCCACUCUAGCAAAACGAGGAAUGUUGUACUUGACUGCUCCCAGUGGAUUACAUCCCACAUCUAAUUCUUCCUUCAGGAUUCGUUUUCGCCCACGCGUUCUGCGCGACAUGUCUGCAAUGGAUACAAGGACCACCAUCCUCGGCACUGAAAUCAGCUUUCCUGUGGGAAUUGCUCCCACCGGCUUCCAUAGGUUGGCUUGGCCAGAUGGAGAGCUGAGCACAGCGAGAGGUAUGCCGGGGUCUCCUUCUUGCUGAGAAACAAUGGUUGGGCACACAGGGCAGCUGAAAGUGGAUUUAGCGCAUCAUCCCGUGCGUGCAUGUUUUUCAUGUCAUCCACACAGCACGGUCCUUAUCCAAGCGGCAGCUGUGCCACACACGGACUUGCCUCUGAAUCCAACCCUGGUUUCCCCUUCCCCUCAAGCUAGAUGCCUUGCCUUAGAAUCAAGUGCCUUUCAAGUUUAUCAGAUCGUAUUAAGGCUUUUAAAAUGCUCUGCAAAAAGGCAAGCCUGAAAUAACACUUUGGAGAGGUCCGGAGAGGACCUCGCCAGAGCACAACAGGGAAAUCGGUCAGGAAUGUGUACAGCUCAGUCUUGUAGGGAAGACUGUAGCUCUCUUCAGCAAUACAAAGAUUGCACCCACAGCGCCAGAUUUAGGGUGGGACGGUUCACCUGCACAGGUCACCAAGCCAAGGGGCACAAAAUUGAGAAGAUCCAUAACGGAGAAGAUCGAUUUGGGGGAGCCAAAUUUUGGCCUUUCACAGGGCGCCAUAUUACAAAAGAUGGAGAAGACAGAGUGAGUGCCGUUUACCAGAGACUUGGCUGCUAAUACUUCCGCAUGUCUGAGAACAUUUAAUUCGCUCUUAUCUCUCUCUUUUUUAAUAUAUAAUUUUUAUUAAAUUUUCUGUUCUACAGUUUAAAAUACUCAUUUUACAUCCUUAAGAUAUCAAUGACUUCCCUUCUUCUCUUUCCAUGGUUCAUUUUACAUUUCAUAAAGCCCUGCAUAUUUUACAAAAACUAUACCAUUCAGUGUUCCGUUAUUGCAUCCAUCAAAACUUGUUUAUGCUGUUGAAUUUACCUUAAUGCUGCCAGUGUUUUCAGCUGGACACAAUUAUUUCCCAUAUAUAAUCAAUAAACGUUUUCCAAUCUUCUUUAAACAUAUGUUCUUCUUGUUCUAUAUGUUCAGUCUGUGAGUUGUGCAUAUUCUGUCAACUUAAGAUGCCAUUCUUCUUUAGUUGGGACCUCGCUCGUUUUCCAUUUUGGGGCUAACGAAACACGGGCCACUUUAGUGGCAUACAUAAACAACAUUUUUUGAAAUUCCCUCUUUUCUCUGUCAACGGUAACAUUCCACCAUUCGUGCUCUGUAAGGAAAUAAAAUAAACAAAUAACAGGAAUUAGUGAACUGACCCACUAAUCAUAGCUUUAGCUGAGAUUCCCGAAUAGCAGGGGGUUGGAUUAGAAAACCUUUUGCGGUCCCUUCCAACUCAACAGUUCAAUAAUUCUAUGAGCCAAAGCAGCCAAACCCAGCAUACUAGGCUCAGAUUUUCCUUCCCCCAUCCCCAUAUUUUUCCAAAGCGGCAGAAGCUAUGAAGACAUGCUACAUUGCCAGCUCCUAUGCCUCUUGCUCCGUGGAUGAGAUUGCUGCUGCUGCGCCUGCUGCUCUCCGGUGGUUCCAGCUCUACAUCCACCGGGACAGAACCGUCUCGGAGCAACUGGUACGAAGGGCAGAGGCAGCUGGCUUCCGGGCCCUGGUGCUCACAGCUGACGUGCCCUACACGGGGAAGAGGCGCGACGACAUCCGCAACAACUUCCGGUUCUUGUCUGCCGUCAAGCCAAAGAACUUUGAAGGCGCCUUCGAGGUUUGUUUGUUUGUUUAAAUAUUUUUAUUAGCAAUUCAACAACAUGUCAAAACAUAUCCUAUUCAUUAUUUCCGCCCCUUUUUCCCACCCACCCCUCAAACCCUCCCUCCCCUCCCCCAAACACUUCCCUCAGUUCCUCUCUCUGAUUUCUCAACACAUAUUAUUCUCUGCAUGUUACAAAAUUAUACAAAUCCUUACAUUAUCUGUCUGCCAUGUUAUCAAUCAAUAAAUUUGUGUAUGUUUAUUCAAAAUAAUAAUAAUAAUAAUUUAUUUAUAUCCCGCCCUCCCCAGCCAAGGCCGGGCUCAGGGCGGCUAACAACAAUAAAAUAAUACAACAUUCUAAAAUCAUUUCAUUAAAAAAUGAUUUCAUUAAAAACUGCCAAGGAGUCAAAUUCAUUUUGUUGUCCUUUUAGUUAAUUUGUGAAAAGUUCCCAUUUUUGUUUAAAGCCACAGUUGUCCUUAUCUCGCAGUUUAUAUGUCAAUUUAGCCAGUUCUGCAUAGUCCAUCAGUUUUUCUUGCCACUGUUCUUUUGUCGGGAUUUCCUCAUUCUUCCAUCCUUGUGCUAUCAAGACUCUUGCCGCUGUUGUUGCAUACAUAAAUAAAUUCUUUAUUUUCCUUGGCAGGUCUUGUCCUACAAUCCCUAACAGAAAUGCUUCUGGUUUUUUAACAAAUGUCAUUUUGAACAUUUUCUUCAGUUCAUUGUAGAUCAUUUCCCAAAAUUCCCCUGCUUUCAAGGUCUGUAAAGCUUUAGCGGAAUCCCAUACAAAAGCCGUCUAGGGGAUGGGCAGAGUAACUUGGGACAUCCACACCAUUGUGGAGAGACAGCCAGCAAGGUGUGGGCAGUGCCAGGCUGGACAUCGGGACAAGGCAGCAAAGUGUGUUUGGGAUGGCGCAAAACGGUGGUAAAGGGGGGGAAACAGGUUUGUUGGCCUCUGUGUGGCUUGAGAGAUAAUGGAGUGUGCCUCCCGGGAUGAGGUCAAACUGCUGCAAUAGCAGAACCAAAGUGACCUCCCCGGGGCACAAGUAUGGAAGUCCUGGGCUGCCCAUAUGAUACGACUCCCCCUCUCGGCCUCACUGAUUUGGUCCAAAGGAAAGCAGAGCAAUAUUUUUGGCACCAGCUGGGCUGCAGGAGUUGCUGGAAGAAGGCAUACAAGGCACCACCCAACCGUCUUAGGGACUCCACUCCGGGCUUGCUCCUGGGACGUUUCCUCUCCUGAAGAUACCUUGCAAGGCAGCAGAGGUUGAGCUUCAGAGUUUUCCUUCUCUGAGAUGGGCUACCUUUCUAAAGUUGACAAGCCCCAUCUGCCCCUCACUUCCCUCUGCACCACAUGCAGAAAUUGCCUUUUGGACCAUUGGAUCCACUAUUGGUCUCAUCUGCUCAAGGCAAGGGUUAUGCAACCCAAAACAAACAGAAGCUUUCUUGGCUCUGUGAGGCCUUGGAGUUGCUGCACUCUUGCUGGCGUCCACUGGACAAGGGACAGAAAUACAAUCAAAUAUUUUCUAACCUGGAGGAAGGGAGAUCGUUGCUUCCCCCCAGCUCAAAUUUCUGUCACUCCCAGUGGGAUGGAUGCUCACGCCUCUGAGGCCUUCGCAGUCAAUAAUAAUAAUAAUAAUAAUAAUAAUAAUAAUAAUAAUUUAUUAUUUAUACCCCGCCCAUCUGGCUGGGCUUCCCCAGCCACUCUGGGCGGCUUCCCAAAAAAGAUUAAAAUACUAUAAUACAUCAAAUAUUAAAAACUUCCCUAAACAGGGCUGCCUUCAGAUGUCUUCUGAAAGUCUGGUAGUUGUUAUUCUCUUUGACAUCUGGUGGGAGGGCGUUCCACAGCUUUCAGGGGCUCUCAGCUUUCUGCCUGUCUUGGAUAGCAGUCUCUCCUGCUCCUGUAAAGCAAACAGAGCAGGUUCCUUAUAACACACUGUUGUAAACAAAAAUUGCCCUUUUCCCUUAUGGAAUAUCCAAGAGCCCAUAUAGAGUCCUUACAUAGGUUCCCUAUUGGUAGGAGAAGAUAACAGAGGCCAACCAGAGAAUAUUGAGAAGCAAAGCAGCUAGUAAGCUUGAUCUUUAUUGAUCUGUUGCAACAGCGUGCUCCCCUCACCCGCAGGAGAGAAGAGGAACCCAGAAAAAUGGCGUGCAAUGCCUUAUAAAGACUUUUGAAAUUCCCACCCUGUAGAUCAAUACCAACCACAGAAACAUCAUACACACAUCACAGAAGGGGUGUAACCUAAGACCAACCCUCAGAUACAUCAUACCUACAUCACAGAAAAGGCGGUCUUAAAACAGAAAUUUGAAUGUUGUUUUUCUCCUGUCGUUGUUUAUCUCCUGUCUGGCAGGUUACUUGAUUGGAUUUCCUGGGUAGCCUGGCCUGUCUUUUGUAAUGAUAAAUACUUAGUUCCUGGGCCAGGUCACAGGCUCACACCCUAUUCAAACACAGACAUACCCUUAAGACAGGAUUUGUGAAGGAAAACACAACAGGCAGGCUUUUCCAUUUUCCUUUGACCUUGCAGAGAAAACAUUUGGUCAGUUUGGGACAGUUUGGGAAUCAAAAUGGUUCCAGGUCGGUCUUCCUGUACUGAUCUAUGUGUGUGCUUGGUUGGUACACUUAUGAACAUUUAACAUAUAUCUAAGACCUCAGAAUUCCUAUCACAAUAUCCUCCCACAUUUCGGGAGGGCAAAGCAGGACUCUGCCCAUCUCCUGCACCAUCCCAUCCGCCCACCCCAAUCUCUGUUCUUCUUCGCCCCCCCCCCCCAUCCGUCCAAUCUCCACCCCAGGAUGAAGGCAACAAUGGAAGCUGCCAUAGAUCAAGUCAGUUCAUAUCGCUCAGUACUGUUCACACUGACUGGCAGCUGCCCUUCGGGGCUUCAGAUGGGACCCUACCAGGAGAUACGAGGGACUGAACCCGGUGCCUUCUGCAUGCAAAACAGAUGUACAAUCAGAAAUUCAGCCGAAGGAAAGAAUAUGGAAUACAGUCGUACCCUGGAAGCCAAACGCCUUGGGAGUCAAACGUUUCAGCUCCCGAACGCUGCAAACCCAGAAGCGAGUGUUCUGGUUUGCGAACGUUCUUUGGAACCCGAAUGUCCGGCGUGGCUUCCAAUUGGCUGCAGGAGCUUGCUGCAGCCAAUCAGAAGCCGCGCUUUGGUUUCCGAACAUUGUGGAAGUCGAAAGGACUUCCGGAACAGAUUCCAUUCGACUUCCAAGGUAUGACUGUAUAGCCAAGCCUGACCUCACCACCAGAGGGGUAAUAAGAGGCCAUACAGCAGAAAGCUCCAUAGUUCAAUAUAUAUAUACCAUAUCGGCCCGAAUAUGUCAUACCUGAAUAUAAGCUACAGCUUUAAAACUGGAGGGGGGGGGAGAAAAAAUACCCAAAUACAAGUUGCUCCCUUCCUCACUGCUCCUGGCUUCAUACUGGGGGGGGGGGGCGACGCUGUAUUGCCAUCGGCCUUUCCCCUUCCUCGCUCUCUCCCUUCUCAGCCUUAGAGGAGAGGGUGGGGAACAAUACGCAGGGCGGGCACCGCUUUGCUGCAUUCCUGGCUGUAUACCGUAAGGUCACAAAUAUAAGCCACACUUUAACUUUUCAUGGUCAGAAUUUGGGGGAAGUAUGGCUUAUAUUCGGGCCAAUAUGGUAUACAGUGGAACCUCGGGUUGCGGCGUAAUCCGUAAUGGAGGCACAUCCGCAACCCGCAGCAAUCGUAACCUGCAGCGCCGUGUCUGCGCACACGCGUGACACAAUUUAGUGCUUCUGCGCAUGCGCAAGCGGUGAAACCCGGAAGUAGCCCUUUCCGGUACUUCUGAGUUUCCCGCAGUCCGCAACCUGAAAACGCAUAACCCAAAGCGUCUGUAACCCGAGGUAGCACUGUAUAUUUGUUUCGCAGCCUUUACAUAGUGCUUGAUUGUAACAAAACCUCAAAAUGUUUAUAAGAAAGCCUAGCAGGAGAGGGAUCUGUUUAAGAGUUGCACCAACCGUGUGAGCAACAGUGAUGCUCUCUUUUGCUCCUCUCCUUCAGGGUAAAGACUGUUCAGAGUAUGGGGUGCCUGCUGGCAGUAUAGACCCCUCUGUCACUUGGAAUGAUAUCUCCUGGCUACGGAGAGUGACACGCCUGCCUCUCAUCAUCAAGGGAAUUCUGACAAAGGAAGAUGCAGAGCUGGCCAUGAGCCGUGGAGUUCAAGGGAUUAUUGUGUCCAACCAUGGAGGAAGACAGCUGGAUGGGGCACCUGCAAGUGUAAGGGACAGGUCAUUAUCUAUCACACUUAACAUGUGCAAAACUGUUCAUGUCCACAGCUGUGGUUUACUUGGUUGUGUGCACCGAUGCAAAGGAGCAGGAUAUCAACUGAAUCAGUCAAAAGAUAAAUGAAUAACCAAACAAUUAAACCCCUGUGUUGCAAACAAUUAACAGUAAUAUCCAAGGCAACACAAUGACCAAGUACAACAAUGCAAUAUCAAUAUAAACUCUUUAUAUAGUCUAUACGGAACAUGGAACAAUAUGAGAAACCAAAUAAACAGAAAUCUUAUAAAUCUCUGAAAGUCACUAAAGUGCACUCUUGAUGGAUUCUCUUGAAAAUAUAGAACCAAAUAAGUCUUGUAAGUCUCUGAAAGUCUUUGUAGACUAUGCAAGUCUCUGAAAGAAGCAAUGGGUCAGAUUCUUAUCUGAUGAAACAGACGUAGUGAACAUCAUUUCAAUAAUUCAUUUGCAGUUUAUGAAGCAUUUCUGUAUCCUUCUGCUGUGCUGAAGAAGAAUUCUGUGAAACAGUGGGGAUGUCCGGAAACACUGUUCACUACGUCUGUUUGCGGACCACUUCGGCAGUGUUGGACGUCAUAAAACAAAGCUUUAACUGCUUGUUUUCAUCAGAUAAGAAUCUGACCCAUUGCUUCUUUCAGAGACUUGUGACUAAGCCACAGUUUGCUGCCUGUGCAGCUUUUCUAGCUGAUGUACAUGAACCUGACCUUUGGAGAGUUCGUAAGUAAACAGUUUUUAAACUUACCAAGCAUAUGGUCUUUUUCUAUGCUAGGAGAAGAGAGGGACUUUGACAGGAACUUGGAAGGGCACAUUUAAAGAUCUGACGGCCUGUAUUUUCACAGUUUGCUUUGCUGCAUAUUUUGUGAUUUUAAAUCUCUGUUGGGCUUCUCUCACCAAAGAGUGUCUGCCCCAAACCAGAAUCCUGGCAGCCAGGGAAUUCUCCCUUUUAUAUACCUAUUUUUUCCUUGCCAUCAACAGCAUAUUCAAUAGGGGAAGAUAUCUUCCAACCUCUGACCAUUCUGCGUUCUGAGGUUUCUUGCCCAAAGGCUGCAUAAAGGAGUGCAUGUAUUAUAUCCCCAUGUUGAACACAGCAGAGAGAAGCAGCCUAUAUCUUUCCAGGGCUUAGCAACCUUUGGAUGUGAUAGGUGUGGGAAGGUGUAUGGCCACAGGAAAGGGAGUAGCAGAAACUGAUGGUUGAUCCACCCAUCCAAAAACACUGACGAAUAAUAAUAAUCUGUGACACUGAGUGGAGCAGUUUGGAACCCUAUUUUCUCUGACUUUUGGAUUAUCCUCAUAUCACACAAACUUGAAUUUUGCAGGGGGACGUAUCGGUGUUGUCUGAGGGUAAUGUAGGGUGGAUUGCACAAAUUAAAUGACAACACAAACAGCUGCAAACACACAGUACACACUGGUGUGGACCAGCCCCCAAACAGAAUACUCUUGGCUUUUAAAUAGCCUGGCUGGACAGACUAUCAAUAAAAUAAAUAGAAAGAGCAGACACUAGGUGGAGUGGAGCCUUCAAUAAUGUUUGGCAGUGUAUUGGUAUGAUGGUGGCUGAUAGGAGUUCUAAGAGAGAUCCAUGUUCCAAGGAUAUCUGUGAAAUAACAGAGGGCAAGUCUUGGUUCUCGAACAUUUAUGCCUCAGUUCCCAUCUAUGUGUUUCGCAUUUGCUUCUUUGCAGAUUGAUGCUCUAGUUGAAAUUGUAGCCACAGUUGAAAACAAAAUUGACGUUUAUUUGGAUGGCGGGAUACGAACAGGAAGUGAUGUAUUGAAAGCGCUGGCGCUCGGAGCAAAAUGCGUCUUCAUCGGAAGGCCUGCUAUAUGGGGUCUGGCCUAUAAGGUGAAUAAAUAUACAGUUUGUAUGCCUGAGCAACCGUUUAGGGCUUAUAAGAUAUAGCAAGAAAUUGCAAAUGAACAGCGGUCCCUUUCAAACAAGUGACCGAAACGUUGCCCUUUACAUUUGCACAUGGUCCAUCACAUCUUGCCUUUGGUUUUAUAAUGCGUGCAUGUUUUGGACUCCAGCGUGGUGCAUCGUUCUGCCAGUGUAAUCUUGAUUUAUCCAAUAAGCUUCAGUCCAGGUACGUGCGCUAUAACACCACUUUCUCAAUCCACUUCAUAAUUCUGAUUGUUACUCUGAAGCCACAUGUCACAAUACAGUGAUACCUCGGGUUAAGUACUUAAUUCGUUCUGGAGGUCCGUACUUAACCUGAAACUGUCCUUAACCUGAAGCACCACUUUAGUUAAUGGGGCCUCCUGCUGCUGCCGCCGCACCGCCGGAACCCGAUUUCUGUUCUUAUCCUGAAGCAAAGUUCUUAACCUGAAGCACUAUUUCUGGCUUAGUGGAGUGUGUAACCUGAAGCGUAUGUAACCUGAAGCAUAUGUAACCCGAGGUACCACUGUAAAGCCCAUAAGGCUGUGGCUACCAUCUAUGAGGGAGAUCUGUUUGCAAAAUAGCAGCUUCCAAAUCAACUUGCAAAACAACGUAGGCUACACUCCAGUCUAUGGACCAGAGGGGACAGCCAUCACCAUCAGUAGUGAUAGAAUUAUUUUCCUCUAUGUUUUUAAUUGUUCUUAUCUUAUCUGUAAGCUGCCUUGAAUCCCUGUCAGGAAAAAAGAUGGGGAUAUAGAUAAAUAUAUAAAAGCAUAAUCCUAGCUAAUAAUUUUACUAGGCUCAUAGGCUAGUUCCCCCCCAAGAGCUACUGCAUUUAUUCAUUCCAGAUGGUAAUAGACACCCGGAACAUGGGUUAUCCAGGGAGAUGCAAACAAAUCAAGCUAUGGUUGAUCUAGAACCCCCCAAGCUGUUUGACAGAGCCCCCCCAUCAACAGCCCUGGAGUCUGCUGCUCCCCUCCCCAUGGUUCCAUUUUGUUUUUCUUUAAAGGGGCAGCAACAUGUUGUUGUUGUUGUUGUUGUUGUUGUUUGGUCAUUUAGUCGUGUCCGACUCUUCGUGACCCCCUAGACCAGAGCACGCCAGGCACUUCUGUCUUCCACUGCCUCCCGUAGUUUGGUCAAAUUCAUGCUGGUAGCUUCGAGAACACUGUCCAACCAUCUCGUCCUCUGUCGUCCCCUUCUCCUUGUGCCCUCCAUCUUCCCAACAUCAGGGUCUUUUCCAGGGAGUCUUCUCUUCUCAUGAGGUGGCCAAAGUCUUGGAGCCUCAGCUUCAGGAUCUGUCCUUCCAGUGAGCACUCAGGGCUAAUUUCCCUAAGAAUGGAGAGGUUUGAUCUUCUUGCAGUCCAUGGGACUCUCAAGAGUCUCCUCCAGCACCAUAAUUCAAAAGCAUCAAUUCUUUGGCGAUCAGCCUUCUUUAUGGUCCAGCUCUCACUUCCAUACAUCACUACUGGGAAAACCAGAGCUUUAACUAUACGGACCUUUGUUGGCAAGGUGAUGUCUCUACUUUUUAAGAUGCUGUCUAGAUAUGUCAUUGCUUUUCUCCUAAGAUGCAGGCGUCUUUUAAUUUCGUGACUGCUGUCACCAUCUGCAGUGAACAUGGAGCCCAAGAAAGUGAAAUCUCUCACUGCCUCAGUUUCUUCCCCUUCUAUUUGCCAGGAGGUGAUGGGACCAGUGGCCAUGAUCUUCGUUUUUUUGAUGUUGAGCUUCAGACCAUAUUUUGCGCUCUCCUCUUUCACCCUCAAUAAAAGGUUCUUUAAUUCCUCCUCACUUUCUGCCAUCAAGGUUGUGUCAUCUGCAUAUCUGAGGUUGUUGACAUGUUAGCCAUCAGUAAAGACCAAGCACGAGGCAGCAGACAAUAACUGAGGCUUAAGGUAGAUUCUCAUUCCUUUUGCACCGAUGCAAAAGGGCCUGCUAGGUUGCAGCCCUGGUCUCUUAUGCGCCAUAGCUCUUCUCUGUUGCUUUUUCUUUUUUUUAACAGAGCAGUUAGCUUUCUUCCUCAGCAAAAGAAGUGGCAAUAUUGUUUUGCUGCACUGAUUCCUUGAUCUUCAGGAGUUGUGGAAAAAAUGUGAUGGAAAGCCAGCUGCAAGAGGGCGAGACAGACAUACAAGCUGUUCUCAAAGCCAAGAUAACGUUAAUAGUUCCUUCAGUGAAGGAUAAGAACCAGUGGGAGGAAUUCAAGGUCGCCCUGUUAUGAACAUUCGGUUGGCGCCAGCACAUCCUCUUGCCUGGUGGAACAACCGCCUCUCCCCCCGCACGCUGCCCUGGAGGUUUUCCUGAACCCCCCUCCUGGCAAUUUGGGGAUGCAAGGGGAGAAGAGGAGGCCCCAUUGUGCUUAUGGAAGUCCUUGCAUGAGCUUGCGCUAGCAGGACCAGUUAGUUGAGUCCGGCACACUGUACAGAAGAGCAUUUGAUCUUUCACAUAUAUGGCCCCUAGGCAGAAUUUUGUCUUUACCCAGGGCCUCCCUACUAUUCGCAAACUAGAAAUUCACUGUCCUCCCUUCUUUUACCACGCUGGCUUGAAUUUCUGCUGGUAAGGCUGCAUGCACACCAACACAUUUGUAGUGCAAAGGCUUUUCUCAGUCCAGAACCAUUAGGAUUCAUAGAAUCAUAGAAUCAUAGAGUUGGAAGAGACCACAAGGGCCAUCGAGUCCAACCCCCUGCCAAGCAGGAAACACCAUCAGAGCACUCCUGACAUAUGGUUGUCAAGCCUCUGCUUAAAGACCUCCAAAGAAGGAGACUCCACCACACUCCUUGGCAGCAAAUUCCACUGUCAAACAGCUCUUACUGUCAGGAAGUUCUUCCUAAUGUUUAGGUGGAAUCUUCUUUCUUGUAGUUUGGAUCCAUUGCUCCGUGUCCGCUUCUCUGGAGCAGCAGAAAACAACCUUUCUCCCUCCUCUAUGUGACAUCCUUUUAUAUAUUUGAACAUGGCUAUCAUAUCACCCCUUAACCUCCUCUUCUCCAGGCUAAACAUGCCCAGCUCUCUUAUUUUUUUUUUUUUUUAAAUAAUAUUUAUUAAAAUUUCACAAGAAAAAAAAAAUUUAAGGAUACAAAAAACAAAAUUAGUGCAUAAACAAAGAAGAAAAGAAAACCCAGCCGCAAAGAAAAAAAAAAAAGAGAAACAGAAAAACAAAAAUAUAAAGUCCUUUACAAUCUGUAUUGACUUCCUUUCUAGACUUCCUCCUCCUCCCCUCUUUUGUUUCUUAAUUUUUAAUUUUUACAGCAAAUCCUUUCUGUUUUUUCAUAACAAUCUGUCAUUACAUUUCCUUAUUCUAUUUUCCCUCUUGUCAUAUAAAAACUUUAAAACUCAUAGCUUAUAUUCAAUAUUUACCAAAUUCUUGCAUCAUUACCUUUUUACGAAUCAUUUACCAAUCCUUACUUAAGUCAUGUAAUUUCAUUCAACAUCCUUCAAACAUUUGUAAGCAUUCCCAAUAUUAAAAAGUAAAAAGAAAAAAUAAUAAGUCAAAUUCAGUCCAGUCAGCUUCCAACCUCCCUCCCCUGGACCCGGGAUUGUCAGUCCUUUUAACCUCGGUAAUCCAGCUCCUUAACCUGGUUGUCUCGUAUCCGAGGCCCUCAAGUCUCUUUCUUGCCCCUUUCGCCACUCUUGUUGAUGAUUCCUUUCCAGUCGUGGAUGCUCCAGCAAGAAAAUGCUUUUGACCCUUUGCAACAAGUCCAUUCCAAACCCAUUGCCCAAGCCAGACAGCAAAUAAUACCACUUCAAAUUUCCACAAAGCUUGGAGACUUCGGCUACUCCAAUCCUCUGAUAGCCCAUCACCAGACCCAUCACCAUGCCCAGCUCUCUUAGCCAUUCCUCAUAAGGCAUCGUUUCCAGGCCUUUGACCAUUUUGGUUGCCCUCCUCUGGACACGUUCCAGUUUGUCAAUGUCCUUCUUGAACUGUGGUGCCCAGAACUGGACACAGUACUCCAGGUGAGGUCUGACCAGAGCAGAAUACAGUGGCACUAUUACUUCCCUUGAUCUAGAUGCUAUACUCCUAUUGAUGCAGCCCAGAAUUGCAUUGGCUUUUUAGCUGUCGCGCCACACUGUUGGCUCAUGUCAAGUUUGUGGUCAACCAAGACUCCUAGAUCCUUUUCACAUGUACUGCUCUCAAGCCAGGUGUCCCCAUCUUGUAUUUGUGCCUCUCACUUUUUUGCCCAAGUGCAAUACUUUACAUGUCUCCCUGUUAAAAUUCAUCUUGUUUGUUUUGGCCCAGUUCUCUAAUCUGUCAAGGUCGUUUUGAAGUGUGAUCCUGUCCUCUGGGGUGUUAGCCACCCCUCCCAAUUUAAGCGUCAUCUGCAAAUUUGAUCAGGAUGCCCUUGAGUCCUUCAUCCAAGUCGUUGAUAAAGAUGUUGAAUAAGACCAGGCCCAAGACAGAACCCUGUGGCACCCCACUAGUCACUCUUCUCCAGGAUGAAGAGGAACCAUUGAUGAGCACCCUUUGGGUUCGGUCAGUCAGCCAGUUACAAAUCCACUGAGUGGUAGCAUAGUCAAGACCGCAUUUUACCAGCUUCUUUACAAGAAUAUCAUGAGGCACCUUGUCAAAUGCCUUGCUGAAAUCAAGGUAGGCUACAUCCACUUCAUCUACCAGGCUUGUAAUUCUGUCAAAAACGAGAUCAGGUUAGUCUGACAUGACUUAUUUUUCAGAAAUCCAUGCUGACUAUUGGUGAUCACAGCAUUCCUUUCUAGGUGCUCACAGACUGUUUGCUUAAUGAUCUGCUCCAGAAUCUUCCCUGGUAUUGAUGUCAGACUGACUGGGCGGUAAUUAUUUGGGUCCUCUCUUUUCCCCUUUUUGAAAAUAGGGACAACAUUUGCCCUCCUCCAGUCUGCCGGGACUUCGCCUGUUCUCCAGGAAUUCUCAAAGAUGACUGCCAGUGGUUCUGAGAUCACAUCUGCCAGUUCUUUUAAUACUCUUGGAUGCAGUUCAUCUGGCCCUGGAGACUUGAAUACAUCUAAACUAGCCAAGUAUUCUUGUACUAUCUCCUUAGUUAUUCUGGGCUGUGUUUCCUUUACUGAAUCAUUUGCUCCAAAUUCUUCAGGUCGGGCAUUGUUUUCUUUAUCGGAGAAGACUGAGGCAAAGAAGGCAUUGAGGAGUUCAGCCCUUUCUGUGUCCCCUGUUUGCAUUUCACCAUCUUCUCCUCUGAGUGACCCCACUGUUUCUUUGUUCUUUCUUUUGCUACGGACAUACCCAUAAAAGCCUUUUUGUUGCUUUUAACCUCUCUAGCAAGCCUGAGUUCAUUCUGUGCUUUAGCUUUUCUGACUUUGUGUCUACACGUGCUGGCUAUUUGUUUGAAUUCCUCUUUGGUGGUUUCCCCCUUUUCCAUUUUUGUACACAUCCUUUUUAAUCUUAACUCAGUUAAAAGUUCUUUAGAUAGCCACCCUGGCUUCUUUAGGCACCUUCCAUGUUUCUGUCUCAUUGGUAUUGCCUGACGUUGUGCUUUUAGUAUCGCCCUCUUAACAAACUCCCAGCCAUCAUGAACUCCCUUUCCUUUUAGUAUUACUGUCCAUGGGAUCUCACCCAGCACUUCCCUAAGUUUUAUGAAGUCAGCUUUCUUAAAGUCAAGAAAUUGAGUCCUAGUAUGCAUGGCUGCUCCUUUCUGCUGUAUAGUAAACUUCAGAAGAGCAUGAUCACUCGCGCCUAAUGAUCCUUCCACUUCUACCCCACUAACCAGGUCAUCAACAUUGGUUAGGACCAGAUCUAAAAUGGCUGUUCCUCUUGUUGCUUCUCCCACUUUCUGGACAAUGAAGUUGUCUGCAAGGCCAGUGAGGAAUCUGUUUGACCUUAUGCUCUUGGCUGAGUUUGACAUCCAACAAAUAUCCGGGUAAUUGAAGUCCCCCAUUACUACUAUCUACCUUCCUUUUGCAUGCUUGGCCAUCUGUUCCAGGAAGGCAUCAUCUAUGUCCUCCGUUUGGCUUGGGGAUCUAUAGUAAACUCCCACAAUGAGGUCACUGUUAUUCUUCUCUCCCUUAAUUUUGACCCAAAUGCUCUCACUUUGGCUUUGAGGUUCUAAAUCUUGGAUUUCUUCACAGGUAUACACAUCCCUGACAUAUAACGCCACUCCUCCUCCUUUCUUGUCUGGUCUGUUUCUCUGAAAUAGAUUGUAUCCCCCCAUUAUUACAUUCCAAUUGUGGGACUUAUCCCACCAGGUUUCAGUGAUGCCUAUUAUGUCAUAUUUAGUUUGCUGUACCAAGAGCUCAAGCUCAUCUUGUUUAUUUCCCAUGCUUUGCGCAUUAGUGUACAGACAUUGAAGUCCAUUAAUCAUUCCCCGUGGCUCUUAUUUAAGGAUUUUUUCCUCCCACCACUAGGUCUGUGUGCUGUUUGCUCCAUUUGGUCUAUGACAUUUGGAUGAUCAUCUUCAUCAAUUGAUAGACUCCUACCUUCAGGAGCACUGUCUCCCCCCCCACCUGAGUCAGUUUAAAGCCCUCCUGAUGAGGUUUCUGAGAUUUUUGGCAAAACAUUUCUCCCAACCGUUGUGAGGUGCAGCCCAUCGCUUGCCAGAAGUCCAUCUUCAAGAAACUGCAGUCCGUGAUCUAAGAAUCCAAACCGUUCCUGUUUACACCAUUUGCGAAGCCAGCUGUUCACUUCCACUAUUUUCCCCUCUCCCCUGGGCCACGUCGUUCAACUGGGAGGACAGAUGAGAUCACAAUUUGUGCAUUUAAUUGCUUCAAUUUCCUGCCCAGAGCCUCGUAGUCUCUUUUGAUCUUCUGGAGGCUAUUGCUUGCAGUGUCAUUGGUUCCCACAUGAACCAAGAGGAAGGGGUAUUUGUCAGUGGGUUUUAUGAUUCCUUGCAGUCGUUCAGUUACAUCUUGGAUCUUAGCCCCGGGAGACAGCACACUUCCCGAGACAUCUUGUCAGGCCCACAGAUCACUGCUUCUGUUCCCUCAGUAGGGAAUCCCCUAUCACCACUACACGCCUCCUCUUAGGUUUGGUCGGGGUUCUUCCGUGAGCUGUCCGCUCCAAGGUCGCCUGCACAUUCCCUGAGGACUGACUUUGCUGCUCAUCUUCAUAUACCUGAUCGACUGUAAUGAGGGAGAGAUCCUCAAAUGGAGUCUGCUCUUCGUCUUCCAUGCUAGGGGAGAGGACCUCAAAGCGAUUGUGUAUUUCUAAACAAUCAGAGCGAACCCUGGGCCUCCUACUUCUUUGAGUCACGUUUCUCCAUAUAUCUGGCUCCUGUGUUGGUGAACUAGCGUCCUUCUCAGGGGAGUCCCUUGUCUCCUCCUUGGUGGAGACGGUGUGCUCUGUUGCUUCCAAGAAGAGCUCCAGCUCUCUAAUUCUUUGGAGCGUAGCUACACGUUCCUCCAGUUGCUGGACUUUGUCUUUUAAGAGGGCAAUCAACAUGCAAUUGCUGCAGGUAAAGCUGCCUGCAACCUUUGGCAAGAUGGCAAACAUUGCGCAGGAACCGCAGGCGACUGCAGCUGUUCCCUCCCCCUCCAUCUUGAGAACGUGUUGUUCGGGGUGGCUACAGCAGUCCUCCAUCAUAAAAAGCGUGAAGACAGGAAAAAUAACUCCCCCCACAAAAAAACCUAGGUCUCCCCCAACAAACGUUUGAGACUAGCUCCCCUAAAUCUAAAAGAUGGAUCAAACUUUUUGCUCCUUCUUCAACUGCUGCCCUGCAAGCUCUCAACAUUCAUCCUCAACAUUCUGCUUCCAGUCUAGAUCGAGUAUAGAUCCUGCCGUCCACAAGGCCAGGUGUGGUCAUCUCGUACCUUGUAACAUUUUUCCGAUGAAAUUAGGGACGUCCUAUUCCAUCAUCGUCAUCAUUUUGUUAUUUAUACCCCACCCGUCUGACUGGCUUGCCCCAGCCACUCCAGGCAGCUUCCAACAAAUAUAAAAACAUAAUUAAGAAAAAAUAAACAUUAAAAACUAACGUAUAUGGGGCUACCUUCAGAUGUUUUCUAAAGGUUGUACAGUUACUUAUCUCCUUGGCUUGGGGGUUACAUAACUCCAUACCCUACAACAUUUCUCUGAUGGAAAUAGGGACGUCCUAAGGAAAAGCAGGACAUUCCAGGAUCAAAUCAGAAACUGGGACGGCUUCUGUAAAUCCAGGACUCUCCCUGGGAAAUGGGGACGCUUGGAGCGUCUGCGCUUAACCCACAUUUGAAAACCAACCCCUUGAUUAGGUUCUGCAUGCCUUUUCCUCCCUGCACAUGACCCAGGAGAGCGAAGAAUGAAGCGGUGGUUGUGAUCUGGGUUCGCACCCACCCACAAUGCCGUUGGGCAGGUAUGGCUAGAGCAGCCAUUGCUGGGAAAACCCACAUCAGUUUUAAUUUGUCUUCAAAUGGACACACUGGUGGGCAAUGCAGAAUAAAUCUGCAAUGAUCUUUUAUUUUCAGAACAAAACUAGUUUCUCAAGAAGCUCUUCUCAAGCUAAAAUAUGCAAUAGCUCUAGACUGUGUGUGAACUAUGUAGAAAAAGAAGUACGUACUCAGUCUCCAUUCUAGAAUAAAAUGUGGUUUAUACACAAGUUUUUGUUGUUGUUGUUUAGUUGUUUAGUCGUGUCCGACUCUUCGUGACCCCAUGGACCAGAGCACGCCAGGCCCUCCUGUCUUCCACUGCCUCCCGCAGUUUGGUCAGACUCAUGCUGAUAGCUUCGAGAACACUGGCCAACCAUCUCGUCCUCUGUCGUCCCCUUCUCCUUGUGCCCUCCAUCCUUCCCAACAUCAGGGUCUUUUCCAAGGAGUCUUCUCUUCUCCUGAGGUGGCCAAAGUCUUGGCGCCUCAGCUUCAGGAUCUGUCCUUCCAGUGAGCACUCAGGGCUGAUUUCCUUAAGAAUGGAUAGGUUUGAUCUUCUUGCAGUCCAUGGGACUCUUGUGUCUUCUCCAGCACCAUGAUUCAAAAGCAUCAAUUCUUCAGCGAUCAGCCUUCUUUAUGGUCCAGCUCUCACUUCCAUACAUCACUACUGGGAAAACCAGAGCUUUAACUAUACGGAAGAGGUAUUAUACUGAUAUUGUGGCUCUUACAGAUCUCCUGAUUAUGUGUGUUUUGGCCUUUAGCAAUACAGUGGUACCUCGGGUUUCAGACGCUUCAGGUUACAGACUCCGCUAACCCAGAAAUAGUACCUUGGGUUAAGAACUUCACUUCAGGAUGAGAACAGAAAUCAUGUGGCAGCGGCAGUGGGAGGCCCCAUUAGCUAAAGUGGUACCUCAGGUUAAGAACUGUUUCGGGUUAAGAACGGACCUUCAGAAUGAAUUAAGUUCUUAACCCAAGGUACCACUGUAUGGAUAUGUACAUACAAGGCUCACGACUUUGUAGAAUUUUGUUCCCUCUAUUUUGUCAUAUCAGUCAACAUAAUUGAUAUGUCUGAAGCCUAGAUAUCUGGAGCCAUGCAACAAUUUGUUUCCAGAGUACUGAAGGUGGCAUAAAGAGAAAGUGGGAGCCUGCCUUCCAUUCCACAGCCUUCCUGCUAACAUUCUGUUGAAACAGUUUCUGUACGGGCUUUCAUAGCGUUUCAAAUGCCGUCAAAACCCGUUUGAACAGAGACAACAGUGAGACUAAAGUAUAGCAUACGUACAACCUAGUUGGAAAAUAAUUCUGAGAUCCUUUCAGCUCUCAAAAGCUGUUGUCCAUAUUCGGUGUAUGCUGGAUCCAUAAUUUACAAUAUCACUGUUUCUUGGAACAGGGCGAAGAAGGACUUCGGAAAGUUCUGGAGAUUUUGAAAGAGGAAUUUCGUUUGUCGAUGGCUCUUGCUGGUAAAUCCUCCCCCUUCUCUCACCCUUUUUCAAACACCCUCCCUUGUGGAGCGUUGCCUCAGCCUCCUCUCAUCUCCCCUCUCCUUGGGCAUCCUUUGGGCAGCUACUGCUGCUGCCCCUGGUCUCUGAGCUGCCCCCUCUGCCCCAAAGAGAGGUGCCUUCUCACACUGUCCCACAGGGGCCUGGGACUUGUCUGUCCAUUCCCAACAGCAAGGGCUGGAGGACUGGCUGGCUGGGCUCCCUUGCCCGCUUGCUUCCUUACUCCGAGGUCGCUUCAGCUCCUGGCAACCAGCACCCCCUAGCCAGCCCCAGAGGCGCUAUUCACCUGGGGAGCUUAUAGCCAGGGCUGCUGCAACAAACAGCUGUGCAAGCUUUUGGGAGGCAGAGACACAAGAGGGCAUCAGAGGAAGGAGGGAAGGAAAGAGGGACAGAGGCCAGUUUGUCAGUUUGCAUUUCUUAGUGCAGAAAGUAUUGAUCUGAUGUGUAGAGAUCUUUCCUGUCCAUGAUAUUUGGGUUAUUCCUUCUAAGAAGCUGAGUACAGCUGGCUUAACCUGGUUCUGUUAUCUCUUUCUGUCAAGGUCAUGCUGAUUAUAAUAGUGAGGCCAGAAGGAUCCUGGGUUUCACGUUCUCUUUUUAUCUCUUUUCCGUCUGGUGUGGUGUUCUGUAUGUAGUGUCAAGGUUUAGACUUAUUAUAAGUUAUUGUAAGUUUAAGUUAAGUCUGCUGCAACUGGAUUUCUUACGGACUGUGCCAAUCCUAAAUGUAUUGGAUUUGUGACCAUUAUGCUCAUUUGCCUUCAGUAAAGCUCUGCUGGAUGAAAUAUUAAUUGCCUCUGGUCUAUUUUGGGGGGAAUCCUGGAACGUGUUUGAGUUCUAACUCUGCUAACUAUACAUUGGAAUCUACUCUGGAUCAAUAGUGAGCAGAAUUUCAGUGACACAGCUUUGCCCGUGGCACCCCUGACCAUCAUUCAAGGCAGCCCACGGUGCCAUGGCACACUGGUUGAAAACCACUGGCCUAUGUCAUCACUUCCCACCUUGAGAGGAAAUACGGUCACCAUGCCUUGGUUAUCUCUUUCUCUCUAUGCGAACUUCAGCUUGUAAGGAACUCUGAGCUGGUCGCUCCAGCACAUACAUGCGUCCAUGUUGGCCAAACCUUUGCUCCCAGAGGUGCUGAAGUUGGGGGUUUCCUAGAUCGGUAGGCUUUGGAGUAGAGGACUCUGUGGUUCUAUUUGCCGACAGCACAUUUUUUUAACAGUUUGCCUGUUUUCAUUACAUGCAGGCUGUAGAAAUGUCUCAGAGAUUGGCCGCCACAUUGUUCAAUAUUCCAAGUUGUGAAGAACCCUCCUGCCCUGUUCAUCAGUUCCAGGAAGUGACUGCAGCCCUGGACAAGCAGGCUCAGAGCAACUGGAAAGAACAAAUCAGCUGCAUGUCAGAAAUGCGCACCCCCUCACCCAAUCAAUCUCUGGCAACGUUACAGCCCCCUAUAUGUUUGUGGGAAGUAAAGGAGGAGGCAGUCCUUCAAAUACCCUGGUCCCCAAAGUGACAACCAGAGGGCCCAGAGGGGAAGAAGGGGCCAAUGCAGUUGAUGCAGCGAUGGGGCUGUUUGGUCACAUGACAAGGGAUGGAAGGAUCCGGCAAUUUCCCUCCUCUCUGUUUCUAUUUUUCCAAUCUUAAAUUCAGUUUUGCACAUUUCUGCAGCAAUCUGCAUUUAAGAAAGAAAGAAAUAAAAUCAUCCAUGACAAUUCAACAGCAUUUAAUGUCAAUUCCUCCUAAUAAACACAUUUUUGUUUGAAGUUCUGACCAAUGUAUGCAUUUUGCGAGCAGUUUUACAAUUAUUUUCAUUUGUAGGCACACUUUCCUUUCCACACUUACCUUUGAACAAUCAGAAUAUAUUAGCUAGCCAAUUUACUUCCAAUUUAGCCUGAUUUCUAUAGUACUUACUCUGUUCUUACCAGGUGCCUGAUUUUUACCUGGCAUAUUGUAUUUAAUCUAUUCUCUUUGAUAUGGUUUUCAUUUUCUUAUUAUACUUAUUUUAAGGGUUUUAUUUUGAGGUCUAUAUUUUGGAAUGAAAGACCUGUGAUGGUAUUGCUGUUCUCAUUUGUGCGU